AUGCCGCCCGUUGGCCUCCACGUGGGAAUAAUAGGUGCGGGUAUGGGCGGACUUGCUGCGGCUAUUGCAAUGCGUCGAGGAGGAGUCAAAGUCACUAUUCUCGAGGCUGCAAUGGAAUUAGGCGAGAUUGGGGCCGGCAUCCAGAUAUUCUCCAACAUAUCAAAAUACCUCAUCCGCUGGGACGUGGACGAGAUUAUCGGUGAGAACUUGGUUCAAGUGGAUGAAGUGCGAACUUGGGGAGUCAACGGCGAAGUUGUAACGAGAGUAGAUCCGAAACGAGUCCACAGGAUCACUGGCUUUCCUCACUUGAUUGCUCGUCGAGACCAUUUACAUGCCGGCCUUACGGAAUCGGCGCGCCGACAUGGAGUUGAGAUCAUUGUUGGGGCUCGAGUCCAGAAAGUCGAGCAUUUUGAAAAGUCAGCAACGGUCACCACGGUCAAGGGAAUCUCUUACACAUUCGAUCUGGUGGUCGGUUGCGACGGUAUCAAAUCAACGGUCCGACAACAUCUUUUCCCAGAAGUCAAGCCUCGCGCCCCGUCCAAAGUUGCCGCCUACCGCGGAGUCCUCACAUAUGAGGAGAUCAAGACAAAGGCUCCUGAAGCGGCAUCGAUAUUGACCAACACGAUGGAUAUGUGGACGGGACCAAACGGCUAUAUAAUGACGUAUCCACUUUCCGGUGGGAAAGAGCUAAACGUUGUCACUUCGUUCUGCAAGGAUUACUACGUUGAGCAAAUGGAAGAGGUCAACAUUGAUGAAUUCAGAGGAUACUACAAGGAUUACAGCCCAGCCAUCCAGUCCAUCAUCAAGCUAGUCAACUACACGCAACGAUGGCCCCUACUAGUUAUGCCUCUGAUGGACCGGUGGUCAAAUGACGCCAGGAAUGUGGUUCUACUGGGCGACGCCGCCCAUUGCAUGCAGAACCAUAUGGGACAGGGAGCAGCCACGGCAGUUGAAGAUGGUGUCUUUCUCGGGCGUGUGCUGAGUGAGGUGGUGCGCGGGACGCUCACGGUACCUGAAGCAGUCUCUAUCUACGAGCGGAAACGAAUACCCAGAGCGUGGACCAAACAACAGGUAUCCCUCGUCUCUGGCGAGUUGAACAUGUGUUCCGAUCCAGAAGACCUUCUCAAGCGGAAUGCAUCAUCGUUACCAGAAGUGCAGGACCUCAGGAACGGCGGAGUCAAGGACAAAUUUCCCCCUCUACCGGCGGAGUAUCGGUCAUGGCAGAUGUUCGAUUCGCCGGAGAGCGUGCCGGGAAUCUUCUACUACGAUGCUGAAGGGGAUGCGGACAACGCGGUGUGCGAGUUCCUGCAGGCGAGGGAUCGAGAGGCAGGGAAGGUGGAUGAACUGACGAUGGUAAGUGAGGCUUUAAGGAAGAAGUGGUGGGCAGCCGUGGAUUUCAACGGGAUCGAGUGA